CAGUACCGUGUGGACCGCCUAGGCAGUUCAUUUUACUGACUUGACGCCGCAAAAAAAAACAGAUUUAGAAUUAAUUUUAUUAAAAUAUCACAGUCCAUCAAGGCCUAACUAUAUAAGUUGCUUUUCUAUAUCAGUUUUAGUGUGUUUUAUUAGGAUUCCCAGUCUAAAAUGACUAUUUAAAGACACUUUAAACCCCACUUUUUUGGAAACCAAAUUGUAUUUCCGAUCAAAUUUAAAGAGUUAUCGCACGCGCUUAUAUUUAUCUGUUUAUUGCCUUCAGACAGGUAAGAGUCGCUCGGCUGUUUUGGCAGUAUUUACCUGAUAAUUACCUGGAAAUAGUAACCACACAGUGCUGUUUAUGUGGAGAAUGUGGCGCAUUCUCUCUGUAUUAGUUUUUUGCUGUACUGUGCGCGGACUCGACGGUCUGGCGGCGGAUACAAGUCUGGACCGGGAGGAGUUGAAUUUGACUGGACCCCAGGAGCUCAGUAAGCCGGACAAAGGCGCCCCGUCCACGGGGAGAGCUGAGGACAGAGAGCAGAGAGACGCUCCAGCUGGGAGUCUGCAGCCCACCAAUGCACCUCUGGAGGAUGAGCUGGACAACCAGGAGAAUAUAAUAAGCCAGCUGCUUGGAGACUAUGACAAAGUUAAAACAGAGUCGUCUGGGUCCGACUGUGUGUGCCGCUGUGUGGUUCGACCAGUCAAGCGCUCUGACUGCAGCCGCAUUCAUGACAGCGAUCCAGCAUCGCUCUCCCAGGACUUUUACACUGUGGAAACAAUCACCAAGGGGACAGACUGCAAGAAGUGUGUGUGCAUGGCUCCUCCUUCAGCCGUCAACCCCUGCGAGGGAGAGUACAGGUUCAAAAAGUUACAGGAGGCAAGCAAAGAUGACAUCAAGCUGGCAACCAUCAUUGAUUUAUUAGAAGGCUCUAUGUAUGGAAUGGACUUGUUAAAGCUCAACUCUGUCACUACCAAACUGCUGGCCAGGGUGGACAGCCUGGAGAAGGUUUAUACAAGGAAUUUCACUGAAAGAACAAAAGAGAAAGAGCGCAUAAAGGAGAAAAAUAAGGACAAAGACAAGAAGGUUCAGCUGAAGAAAAAGAAAACCAGUGAAUCAGAGCGACCUGGAGCAGCUGCCGGCAGCCAAAAGAAGAAGAAUUUUGAAAGUCAAAUAAAGAACCAACAGCAAGAUGGCCGGGUACAACAGCAGCUAACCAAGAAUGAGACAGAAUCUAAAGCUUCUGUCAAAGACAAGAACACUGUGUUCAUUAGAGGAGUGACCUUCUACAAGGCAGAUGAAGACAGCUACAAAGAGGAGGAAGACGAGGACCAGAAGAAAGGAAGAGGAAAGAACGUAUUCUUAAUCCCGAAGGUCGCAGAGGAUUUGCUGAAAAUUGACAAGCUGCCAACUGUUACCAAAAGUCCUGAACCGUCACUUCCUCUGAAGCCAAACCACGAGGGCCUGAACUACACUUCACCCACUCGUCAGCCAAAAGCUUCCUCAACAACCAGCAAGCAAACAACAAGGUCAACUCCUGCAACCAUCAGAGUGACUGAGCAAAUCAACCCUACAACUCCACGACAAAUGAAACCCAAGCUUCAAACCAAGAACGGAGAUUUUCCCUCCACCACACCUGUCACCCCACACACCACAGAUACCAAUAUCCGUCCACCCGGUGAAGCAAACCCCACCACGCCACAACCAAGACCCAAAAGCCGCCUCAACUGGACGGAGAACCCCGCUGACCAACCAAAGGCCACAAAAAAGCCAGGUGUGUGUAAGGACACAGUAGCGAGCAUCUCCGAACCGGCCCAGCAGACCUCUUAUGGUCUCAGUGACGGAGCCUGGAUGAAAGACGCCCGUGGCCACGGCAAGGUCAUCUACCUGACUAACGGUCACUAUGGCAACAGCCUGCUGGAGUUUAGAGACAUGGACACUUUUAAAUCAGGCCAGCCGAGUAAUUCGUACAAGCUGCCCUACGAUUUCACCGGAACGGGCCAUGUCGUGUUUAAUGGCGCUUUCUUCUACAACCGGGCGUUUAGCAGGGAUGUGGUCAGAUUCGACCUGAGACGCAGAUACGUGUCUGCCUGGACGACGCUUCAUGACGCCAUCCUGGAGGAGCAAACUCACAGGACUCAGACUGAAGUGGAGUUUGCGGUGGAUGAGUCCGGCCUCUGGCUGCUCUAUCCCGCUCUGGACACGGAGGGUUUCCACCAGGAAGUAAUUCUCCUCAUCCAGCUCCAUCACAGAGACCUGCAGCCCAUCCACACCUUCCGCACGGGCCUCCGACGCGGCCGCUACGGCAACACCUUCCUGGUUUGUGGCGUGCUUUAUGGAGUGGAUAGCAUGGAGCGUCGCUACGCCAAUGUGACAUAUGCCUUCGACACGCACACGCUUACACACACCGUGCCGAGCCUGGCGUUCACAAACAUGUACACACACACUUCCCAGGUGUCCUACAACCCACUAGACAAAAAGCUGUACGCAUGGGAUGAUGGACACCAGAUGAAUUAUGAUGUCAUCUUCGCUUAUUAGUUUGACAGGAGGUCAGCCUUAGCGGACAGAAGAAAUAAGCUACUAACAGAAGAUUCAAUUCAACUGUGUUUUGUUUAAUGACUGUAGAUCAGUCAGCUGACAUUACUCUUCUGCAAUCUUCUGCAAGCAGUGCAACAUUUGCUCAGAAUUUUAAAAACAAGUUCUCCCUAUGAUUUAUCUCAGCCUUUGUGUAUCUGCCACUCAGAAACGUCCAGUCUUUAAAAACUUACUGAGAAAUUAAGCAUGCAUGACCCCUUAAAUAUCAAGAUAUCACAACUACUACAGAAAGUUUAGACGUGUAUUUAAAGAAGAGUAGAAACUGUUGUGAAUAAAGCAUUAAGGAAUUUUUAAACAUCAAUACAAAUUGAUUUUUUUUUCUGUAAUCAAAGCCAUUGAACAGUCAUGUAGAAGCUGAUUCCAGAUUAAAAACAUCUGCUUUCUGGCUUUUUCCACAUUUUAAGGGUUUGUCAGUGAUAACCUUGUGAAGUUAGCUAUAAAUGGUUUUCCACUUUGCAGCAGCUUGUAAAAUCCUGCAGGAAAAUUUCAAAGUUAGUUAUUGUCUAAAGUUAAACCAUGAAACAGCAGGUUUUCUACGCCUGACUACCCACCUUCAUGCAGAAACAAGCCAGUCCUAAAGGCUAGAUUUAGCCCUGUAACAUCUGGUAGUUUUUUUGUUUAUGAGCUUUGGCUUUCUCAGUUUAACUGACUGAAUAAAGUUUUAUGAAGUUACCUAUAAAGGGUGUAACCCCAAAAUAAAGACUGGUGAAUCCUUAAAAACCCAAAUUGUAGAUAGCAUUUGUUAAAUUUCGCCACUUCUUUGCCAACCCAAUGUAAAGACAAGGUUAAUCACGACUGAUUACCUGCAAGUUUUACUUUUUACUUUGUUAAUUUAUAAUAAAUGUCUGAAAAGACCAAAAAUAA